AUGACCGACCGAGACAUGCUCUCGCUCGAGAGCCAGAACGACGAGGAGCUCUCCGGCCUUCACUCCAAAGUUGCUAUGCUCAAGAAGAUUACAAUGGAUAUUGGACAUGAGGUGCGAGAGUCAACAGUGUUCUUGGGCGAUUUGGAUCAAGACUUUGGACGGACAGGAGGACUGCUCAACACCACCUACACCCGCCUCAAAGUCAUGGCCUCCACCCAGAACGGACGCUACAUGUGCUACAUGGUCUCCUUCUGCGUCUUCGUCUUCCUCUUUGCCUACUUUUUCAUCUACCGGCGAUAA